CCUGCAGUUCCGUUCUUCUCACAGCUGAAUAUUAUUGAUACCCGAGCGAUUCUGCUCUCCGCCGAAAUGGCCGUGUGACCUGCUGCCUGUAGACAGCGCUCAAACUCCUCAGUGCAUCAACAUUGUGCACUGGCUCCAUACAUUUAUAUAAAAAUGGCGUCCUUCGUGGCAACUCUGACUUCUGCUGCACCUGACAGCACGAGACUAUUCGAAUUCUCAGUAGAAGACUCGUUGAUUCAACUUGAAAUAGAUAGCCAUGUCUUUGAUGAGCUCACAGUUUGGCCAGGACGAUAUGGAGGUCCUUCUUUGGGACCCAUCAUCACCGAUGGCUGACCCUCUGGGGUCUUUCCUAGAUAAAGAUGAGGAGGUUCUUCCUCUCGGAGGCGCUGAAUCGCCCCUCUCAUCUUUCUCUUCCUCUCCACUUCCCUCUCUCUCCCCACCCUGCACUCCUCCCUCCAUUCAGAGGGGGGAGAAGGCUGGGCUCAAUCAGCUGUCUCUGGCCUGGUUCCCCUCAGAUGAGCUGUGCCUAGAUAAUCAUGGCAAUGAUCAUUCAUUCAGUGAAAUGGAUUGGAUGACAGAGCGAAUUGAUUUGAGUGAGUUUGAUCUGGAGUCUUUGAUUGGCUCCUAUGAUUCUGAGGAUCCACCUAGUUCUCCUGAGGAGCUCAUCACUUCUCUAGAGUCACAGAUAGACCUGGAGUCCCAGCCUGUAGCUUCUGACAAUACGCCUUCACCCUCUCCAGCAGCGUCUGUCCCUGAAAUCGAUCAACUUUCCAACUUUUCCUUCACUUUGAAUACUCCAGUUGCUACUCCUUUCAUUCCAUCACCCUGUGAAAUUUCAGAUUCCUCCUCUGUGGUCCCUGAGCCCCAGGCUGAGUUUGAGAUAAAGUCUGAACCGGCCUCCCCGGUCCCAUCACCUUCCAUCCUUCCACCCGAGUCCCCUACUGAUACUCUUGAGCUUGGUUGCGAGGUAGACAUAGCUGAAGUUCAGAGUCCACCCCCCAUCGAGAUGCAGGUGCCCAAAAUAGUCCUGUCACUCACCCCAACCCGCAUUGUUCUUGUACUUUCUCCCAAAGAGGAGGUUAAUGCGAUGAUUACCCUUCCAGGUGAGAUGGUUGUGGAAAAUUCCCUGAGUCCAACUUCCCCCGACCCACAAAUCCCAACGUCUCCCCAGUCUCGCUCUUCUAGGGUGAAGCCCUACUCCACACCCGAUUCUAAGCCCACCCAAAAUCAGCAGUCAGAGUUGCCUACCCUUUCAGGAAGAGUGAAGUCAGCCAGUGGCUCAAAGGUUGUGGUUGAAAAGAAAAAGCUGAAGAAAAUGGAGCAGAAUAAGACUGCGGCAACCCGCUACCGACAGAAAAAGCGUGCAGAGCAAGAUACUCUCCAGUCAGAGUGUACAGUCCUAGAGGAGAGGAAUCAAGAGCUGGCAGAAAAGGCAGAGUCCAUAGCUAAAGAGAUCCAGUACUUGAAAGAGCUAAUGGAAGAAGUCAAGAGGGCAAGAGAGAGCAGAAGUGUGAGGUCAUAGAAAGAAAUGGACACAGAGGCUUGAAGCUGAUAGAAAUGGACGGUUUCAGCAUAGCCUGAAGUGCAGAACAUUAGGGAUGUUGGUCAUGAAAGUAUUUUAUGAAGGGUGGAAUAAAUUCCUUUUUUUUUUUUUUUUUUACCAUUGUCUGAGUAGAAACGCUUCCUGUAAACAUGUCAGCAAAAACUGAUUUUCUUUUACCAGUGCAUUUUUUUUAGUCUUGUGUAUCUAUUGUAUGCACAGUAUUAUAUAUAAUGUGCAUUGUCUGUUGUUGAUCUUUGUUUUGAAUUUUCCCAAUUGAAAUUAUGCUGUACAAAUGCUUAAAAUUUCAACUUUCUUUUUUCAUAGAGAUGGUAUGUGUGCUUUUAUUAAAUUGUGUAGAACUCAACAUUUUGUGGUUGUAUGGGCCUUUCACUGCAUAUCAAUUACCUUGAAUGUUAUUUAUGUAAUAAACAUUUAAAAAUGUU